AUGCCCCCAAAACGUACUCAUGCUCACGACGAGGCGCACACCUCACUCAAGGACAAACUGCAGAACCUCCAGGGCUCCAACGCGCGGGGCGGCCGUCGUAACGGUGGGCCGAAUGUCGCAAAUGGCAGUGCUCUGAAAGAAGUAGACAAUGCUUCUACCCACAGCGGCCAGACUUCUACCGAUCUCAGCUCGUCAGGAAACAUCAAAUGGUCGUCGCAAGACCCGUCCGUCCUCCAAGGCUACCGAAGAGCCUAUCGCCUCGACUGCCCUUCCAGCUUCAAGAACCCGCUCAGCCACGUCGUACUGAACCAGGGCAUUGGACGAAUGUCUCCGACCAUGGCCCGACCGAAGGGAAAACGACGUGUUCACAAGGACCAGCUCGGCAUGGCUGUCAAAAAGAGCUUCAACUCUCAGGCUGUCACCGAGAGUGACGUGAUUGUCGACUGGCUGUACAAGUCGAAACACCAAGACAAUGAGUUUAGAGUACGAUUCGCUCCUCAAAGGAAGUGA